AUGGAAUCAACAAAGAAGCGCACACGAAGCUCCGCAGCGCAAUCGCCUUCGAGAUCCUCACCUGGGAAGAGAGCGAGAACACAGAACCAAUUUCAACAGAGAACAUUAGUAUCACUACCACCUUCAGAACAGCAUGCACUGCUGUUACAUGCAGCCCGCCAGCCAUAUGACCUCACAACCAGUCACGCUACCCCAGCCAUCAAACUUGGGAAUGAACUCCUGAUCAAGGUUGAAGCGAUUGGGCUGAAUCCGAUUGACUGGAAAGCACCUGAUUUUGGUUUCGGAAUUCCGACACUGCCAUAUAUAGCAGGUCGAGAAUUCGCUGGGACUGUUAUCAAAGUAGGAGACGAAACAUCGUCGCGUUUAAAGCCUGGCGAUGUUGUAACUGUACCGUCCACUGAUUAUCGCGAUCUCCGCAAAGCUGCAUAUCAACAAUACAGCAUCGCUUCGUCAUUCAACACAAUCAGGAUCCCAAAAGAUAUUUCUAUCAACUCUGGUAGCAUCCUCGGUGUUGCUUUCGUAUCAGCCAUCCUCGCCUUAGGAAUAUGCAUGGGCGUCAACUUCAGCAGUAUCGAAAAUGGUCCUGAUCUCCUCAAGAUGGUACGAGACCUAAACCCUGAAGUACUUCCUGCAGACAUACGUCAAGAAUGCCUCUCCAGCAUCUCGCACACUGAACGUGCCAAUCCCGGGGAUUUCCUCGUAGUCUGGGGCGGCAGCUCAACCUGCGCCCACGUAGCAAAGCAACUCGCCCGUCUCGCAGGCCUCAAAAUCAUCUCCGUAGUCGACACGGCGAAGCAUGGACUCAGACUCUCAAACACCGACCACAUCCGCAGCGACCUGGUUGUCGAUUCGCACGAUCCGCAGCGAGCAAUACAGAUUAUCCGGGCUAGCACGGGUAACAGCGCACGCUUUGGCUUCGACACAAUCGGCAAGGAAACGGCUACGCACCUCCUUCAUAGCCUGGCGCAUCCAAGCGAGCAUGCUAAGCAUUUGGACCGCGCGGGGGCAAAACCCCCAACUCCACCGUCUACCCCGCUUGGGGAAAGCCCGCAGAUUACUCGCUCGCAUCUAGUGGGUAUGACCGGAUUGCCUAAAAAGGACGUGCCGGCUGGUGUGGCAUUGCAUAGUGUCCCUAUAAAGCUUUAUCAUGAGGUACCCGAGGUAGGUGAAGAGAUUAGUGCUUGGUGUGAGCGGCUGUUGAUCAAGGGUCUCUUGGUGCCGCCGGAUGUCGUGGGGGUUGUAAAGGGUCUGGGUGAGAUUAAUGAGGGACUGAAUAGAAUGCGGAGGAGAGAGAUUAGUGGAGGAAGAUUGGUAGCUGUGCUUGACUGA